GCACUGAGCGUUUGCUAUUGGGCCGUUUCUGCCGACAGCGUCACCGCAGGUCUGCGCUGUUGUUUACGUCUGGUCUGAUUGUCUCUGUGCUGUUCGUCUGUAGCUAGUUAGCUAAAUGUCACCGAUGGAGCCGGUCUCUGUACCGAGGUGGACCCAACUGUAGACGCUGUGCGGAAUGUCUAGAGAAUACCAUUCAAGAGAUGCCUGUGUAAAGACGACGUCAGGUCUUAAUGGGAACGUUUCGAUGUCUUUAACUCCCACCUGACAGACAGCUGAGGUGAAACAUGUCCAUCUGCUUCAGUCAGAGUUAGUGUGCAGUCAGCCGGUCGGUCCUCUGCUCCGGCUCUUGUUUCGGUUUCUCCUCUGAUGCUCCUCCUAGCUGGGGCACAGCUCGAUACGAUCACCUGACUGCCAUAGGAAACUGACGCCGAGAUGAAAGGAAACAUUUGGGAACGUACAGCCUGCUGAAUGGACUGACACGAUAAUAUGAAGUAUAUGUAAAUAUAGUAUCAUGUGAGAAGGGGAACCGAAAACAGGUCUCUCGUCAUUCAACCAGAUCUACUUCUCCUAAACGCGAAAAAAACAUCAGCUUAAUCAGUCCGAUUAACUUGUUCCUGUUAAUGUAGCUGGCGAAGUGCUGACAUCUUCAUUUAAACGGGGUUUGUCUGCCAGGAGCCAUCAUGUCGGACACACCGAGCUCUCUGCCUGCCAUCAGGAGGCUCAGCUAUGCGGUGGGACACUUUCUUAACGACCUGUGUGCCUCAAUGUGGUUCACUUACCUGCUGGUCUUCUACCACUCAGUCCUGGGCUUCCAAAACACUUACGCAGGUGUGUUGCUGCUGGUUGGGCAGGUAGCUGAUGCUAUCUGUACGCCUCUCAUUGGAUAUGAAUCUGACCGAACCCCUGGCUGUGGCAACUACGGCAAGAGGAAAACAUGGCAUUUAGUAGGGACUCUGAGCGUGCUGCUGUCCUUUGCCUUCAUAUUCAACCAGUGUCUGGGCUGCAGCACUGACACCCCUCAGUGGGCCAGUUUGACCUAUUUUGUCCCGUUCAUCAUCAUCUUUCAGUUCGGCUGGGCAGCCACUCAGAUCUCACACCUGUCUCUCAUUCCGGAGCUGGUCACCUGUGAGCACGCUAAAGUCGAACUUACUGCAUACCGGUAUGCAUUCACAGUGAUAGCAAACAUCACAGUGUAUGCAGUGGCUUACCUGCUGUUCCAUGUCCAGGCCGGAGGCGACGACGACCCGCUCAGUGAUGCACUUGGACCAGCAGAUGUCAAAAUCUUCAAGAAUCUGGCAUUGAUCGUGCUAGGCAUCGGCGCUGUCUUUUGCAUCUUCUUCCAUCUGGGAACCACCGAGUCCAGGCCCGAAGGAGGAGAGGAGGAGCAGGAGGAGGGCGAGCGGCGACCGCUGCUGCGCCGCCCGAGGACGGUCUCGUCUCUUCUGCAGUGGAAAUGUUGGCUGCAGCAGCCCUCUUUUUACCAGGUGGCCUUACUCUACAUGUCCACCAGGUUGAUAGUCAAUCUGUCUCAAACCUACAUCUCAAUGUAUCUCAUCAACACUCUGGGUCUGCCCAAGAAGUUCAUCGCAACAAUCCCAUUAGUGAUGUACCUGAGUGGCUUCCUGUCCUCCUUCAUCAUGAAGCCUCUCAGUAAACUCAUUGGAAAAUGUCUCACCUACUUCGUGGGCCUGCUGCUGAUCAUGGCCUUCUCCUACUGGGUGCUGCUGGAUGAUACGAUGGGUCAGCGGGUGUACGGGGCCGCGGUGCUGUUGGGGGCGGGGUCAGCCACAAUCCUGGUCAUAUCGCUCGCCAUGACCGCCGAGCUCAUCGCCGACCAGACACAAAGCGGAGCAUUUGUGUACGGGGCCAUGAGCUUCACUGAUAAGUUGGCUAAUGGAGUGGCUGUGAUGAUCAUUCAGGCUCUGCAUCCCUGCCACACUGCGCUGUGCUGUCCGGCCUGUGUGUGGUUCUAUCAUUACAUCAUGGUCAUAGUAACAGGAGGCGUGGCAGUCAUUGCAACAUUGGCACUGUGCUCCAUCAUCAUCUGGCCAAUCAGGAUCAGACCACGUGGUCUGCCAGUCAAACCUGAGGAUGAAGCCAGAAUCAACUAACAGCACUUUCCCUACUACUUACAGCCGACAGGGCGGUUUCAGCUGGACAGGAAGAGCUUUCACUUUCAUUUGUCUUUCAGAAUCAUUUUUAGACUUUCAGGGGAAAGCACCAGGAACUCCCGACUCACUGUUGAUGUUGAUUCUGGCAGUGAGUUCAGCAGAUUCCAGGGAAACCAAAGGAACUAAAAGGGGAAAUUUUUAACUGACAAUUAAGACAUUCACGACCUGGAUCCUGUUUUCACGUUAUUUUCCAAACAAACAAUACAAUUAGGUUUAUUCUGUUAAUGUCAUAGGGAAGUGAUAAGUGAUUCAACACGUUCAGACAGUAUACAGGGAGCAGAGAGUAUAAUGUCUCCAAACCUUUUCAUUUGGAAUACUUUAUUUUGAUUCCAAGUGCUGUAUCAUAGGACUUUCACUUUUCAGUUUGUUUUCUCAUCCGAGAGGCUUCUUCAGUUUUCUUCUCUUUUUUUUUAUAUUUAACAAAACAAUAUUUAGCCCACAACAACAAGGAAAAGUAUAAUACAGUCAGUUACAACAAAAGAAACAAUACAAGUCUGUCCUGUCCUAAAAGUAAAUAACCUUAAAAUUAUCACGGGACAAUAACAAUCAUUUUAUUGCAGAAUCUACAUGGUAUGCAAAUAUGCAGGGAUGAUUUAUUUAUGUAGCUACCUGUAGUUAGCAUGGCCUGCGUUCCCUCUGAGGGAUUACUGAAUUGUAUUUUGGAUUGUCACAGAAAAUAAUCUUUGUGACAAACAAGUUUCUGAUCAUGUUCAUCCAUACAGUCUCCACAAAUGAACACCAGUUUGUGAUGUUAAGCUAAAUGAAAUGUGUCGCAGUAAGAAGCUAAUGUUAGGCUACAAACAGAUGACAUCACGGUCACAUGACUUAAACGUCACCACCACUAAGCAUUUUACUACACAAUUAGUAUCCAGGUUUUCUAUAAACUGUUGUGAAGUUGUAAAGUCAGAGUUAGAAUAGUUUGUAACUAAAGUGGGCCUGUAAAGACGGACGAGUGAG